CUUCUUCUCUAGGCAUAUAUGACAACACAAAGGCUUAUUCUCGGAUCAUAGAUCAGUGUAUGCCAUAUUAGUCUCACAAAACAAGAAAGUGUAUUCCUCUUGUUGCAAGCCUACAUCUCUAGCCUGAUUCUUCCCUGCAGCACAACAUUCCCUUAGUCCCCGUCGUUGCUGUCUGUCCUCACUGUUCCAGUGGUGGUUUUAUGUUAAGCUAGGAACUCGACUGUAGUUUUAUUAACGACACGUUUAUGAACAAUCAAAUGGUCCUCGUAAACAUUUAUUGAAGGGCAUAAAAACAUGCACUGCCACUUGCCGAAUAUAGCCGCUGUAGUUGGCCAUGUUUCAAGCAUCGUAGAAGUAACUCUUUCCUCUAUCUAUCCAAACAUCAUUUGGGGGGGAAAAAUAUCCCACUUCUGCUUCUUUGUUGUCUGUGCAAACUUUUUUCUUGUAUAUACAUUUUGGUGCAAUGGUAGUAGGAUAGAAUGUACAAUAUUAUCUAUGCAGGCUGCUCAUAAAAUCAAGUAGACUAUAUUUUCUCCAAAUGAAAAGAUAAAUACCGUUAUACAAUGAACAACGCAGAAUAAUUCAAAGCCUAAUGUGUUAGAGAGUGAGUUUAAUGAUCCAUUUUACUACUGAACUAUGUCUAUACGCGCAUAAACCUGGACUACGGAGACAUUAGACAGAGAUUGAUUACAUCAGCAAAUAGUGCCUACGAUUUCAUAGUUUGACGACUAGUUUCACAUAUUCUACUCAUUUUUGCUGCUAUUUGAUCAACGUCAGAACAUAAUACUGUUGAAUUUACCUCAUAUGCACCCAGGAAAAAAACAUCUGAAUAUGAUUCUAUAAUCCAUGACUAGUGCAACGCUAUGCCAGGAUAACUCGCGCAUUGAUCCACAGUGCAAUGUUUGUGGGGGUAAAUAUAAUCACGUGUUGCUUCGGCAGCCAAUAGCAGCCGGGGAAGCUUUGAGAAAUAAUUACCUGCCUUGAUUGUUCUAUGGGUAGAUAAAAAAGUACACAUACACUCCAAAAAAUUAUCGGAUGCAUGUAAAAUAGACGGGCAGCAUCGACAUGUCGGCCACGGUUCCCUUAAGUAAUUAUUAUGUAGAUUCCUUGAUAAACCACGAAAGCGAGGAUGUUCUUGCGGCUCGAUUCUCGGCUUCUGGUUCGCACCCUACCGGCCCUCGUCCGACGUCCCUCGUAUCGGAGUGUGGUGACUAUCCCUCCUGCAGCUUUGCCUCUAAACCAUCCGUUUUCACUACAUCCUGGACCCCUGUUCACUCCCAGUCCUCAGUGGUUUACCAUCCAUACAGCCAUCUAGGAACGGACUCAAGGUAUGUGCGGUCAUGGCUGGAGCCGAUCUCGGGGGCAAUGUCCUUUCCAGGCUACCCUGCCAACGCCAGACACUAUGGGCUGAAGCCCGACGCCUUCCAGGAGCAUCGAGCCAGUGACUGCCUCGCCUCCAACGGACGCACCUACACGGAUUAUAUAUAUUGCACCACCGCUGACAUCCGAGAAAAGACCCAACCUAACAUCCCUUCUCCCGAGACCGAGCCUUUGGCUUUCGGGAAGCAUAAAGAGGAGAAGCCAGAAUUAGACCCGAAUAACCCAGUUGCAAACUGGAUUCACGCGCGUUCAACAAGGAAGAAGCGGUGCCCUUAUUCAAAAUACCAGACUCUCGAACUUGAAAAGGAGUUUUUGUUCAAUAUGUACCUAACCAGAGACCGUCGAUACGAGAUGGCAAGUGUCCUCAACCUCACGGAGAGGCAGGUCAAAAUCUGGUUCCAGAACCGGCGCAUGAAGAUGAAGAAAAUGAACAAGGAAAAAACUGACCGCAACAAAGAACAAUAAUAAAGGAAUGGUUACAACAACGACAAAGGACAAAAACAAGAAUCAGACAACAGUAAAAUAACCACUAUUGCCAUGGAUAACAACAAAG